CUUCAACGUAUAUAAACAAAUUCGGGAGCGUAGGAAGCCGGAAAAAAAGCUGGCCUACACACACGGGCACAUCAAUUAACCCAAAAUACCAACAAACCGUUCAAACAGUUAGCCGGGGAAACAAAAAUACCAACACCUCAGAAACAUAUCUAAAAUUAACAUAAUAAUUAAAACAAAAAAUACAUACAUACAAAUUCAGAUGCACAAAUAACAGCCUCAGUGCAUUCAUAUACUCGGUAAAUUGUUUAAAAAUUUAAUGUAGUGAAAUAGUAAUGUGCGCAAGUUGAGAAAAAUAUCUGAAAGCGCAUUUGGGUCUUCGAAAUAUACGAAUAUACUAAGGCAUAAGCGGGCAUACUGAUUACCGCAUUUAUCGAUUGUAAUUAAAACCUUAAUUUUCGUAGCGAAUUUAAAACAAAAGCCGCCAAAAUGCCGUACCAAACGAAAAUGGAGCGCAAACUGCUAUACGCCUUUCGGGGCUGGAUAGCGUUUGUUGCUUUCAUGGAUUUAGGAACAGCGUUUCGUAGCUAUAUAGAGCGAAGGAGCUUCCUUGGGGAUCACACAGAGACUCAAUUUAUUGAAGGCGAUUAUACCAUUUCUCGUAUAAUUGGCAUGUAUUGUUUACUUAAAGCGAUUGCAUUAGUCCAUUGCACGCUCUACAUUCACUACAGACCAGUUGUUAGCAUGGGUGGCUGUUCGUUGGCUUUAACCAUGGUUCUUUACGCUUCCGAGGCUUUGUAUUUUCGUUCGAGUACACUGAACUUUUAUGUGAUCUUUCCCUGCGUUCUAAAUUCGAUAACUUUAAUUGGCCUAAUUUACAUACCGAGACGUCUGCGCUUGUGGGAGCCCAGCAUGGAUAUGGAUGAUGAAAAUUCCCAAUUACUAAAGCAAAUGACUGGUUUCAAACGUAGGCGCACGAAAAAACAAAUCUAAAAUUAUGAGAAAAUCUAAAUUAUUUCAGAUAUUAAAACUACAUAGCAGUAGUAGUAUAAUGCCUGGUUUUCAUUGUAUGUUUUUUAUGAAAUAACUUUGUACAGAAUGCUGUAGCAUCAAAACAUAUUAACGCAAAAUUACGGACGAUUCCAUAGCAGUGGCACAUUGCAUAACAAAAAGGGCUUAGUGAAAAUCAGGCAUUAGUAUGCAUGGAUGUAGUAGCUUUUAUCCGAAAAUAUCUCGUCAACACUAACAAAACGUUAAAUAAUCAAGCAAUAAAACAGCACAUAUAUAUCUGCAAGAAUUAUAGCUCAGCACCAUAAUUUUGCAUACACUGAAGAAUAUGAGUAAAUAAUGCCAAUAUAACUAAUAAAAUAUAAAUAAAAAGUACCACUUAUUUUUACUCAGCGUUCAAUGAUAAAUUCUCUCUUUAAUCUGUAAUGAGCACAUCGUCAAUUUACAUUUGUACAUAUUCGUAUAAGCACAUUUUUACAUAGCUUAACAUUAAAACGAUAUACAUACAUGCAUAUAUGAAAAAAAAAAUUCAAUCUCAAAUUUGAUAUUCAAAUGCUCUGCACUUUUGUAACUGGUAUUAGUAUUCAAUUGAAAAAAUUAUCACUUGUUUAAGCCACAAAAUACAUACAUAUACCUACGUACAAUUGUACAUUUUUAUCACUGUAUAAGCUAUGUAUUAAUUUCAUACAUCUUUAAGAUGAUAAAGCAAUAAUAGUUUAAGAUUAUAGUUGUAGUUACAUAUAUAAU